AUGGAUCAACAAGUCAAACCCAAGAAGCCGGGGAAAGCCCGUAUCCCAGACCAUCUGCGGCGCCGCGCGCUGGUUAGUUGUGAUCGGUGUAAGAAGAGGAGGAUACGUUGCACACGUUCUGGCGGGACCGAUGCCCAAGAAGCCUGUUCGAAUUGCCUCGAGGUCGGCGCAAAGUGCGAAUCCACCCUACCCCGCAAGACGAGGAUAUAUGGCAGCGUCGAGACCCUCAGCGUCCGGUUCCGCGUCCUCGAUGCCUUGAUCAAAGGCCUUUUCCCCUCGAAUGAUACGAACAAUAUCGACGAGCUGUAUGCCAUCGCCGAAGCCCAUGACAUCACGCUCCCGACCUUCAAUGAGCAGAUCGUGGCCGCUGAGGUCUUCAACCACCCUCCCCCGAAAGCAGCGACUACAUCCCCCCAGCCGUCUGCCAGUCCUUCAGCUGGAUCAAUAGAGUCGGAGAGUCGAGGUAUACAGGAGACUGCUGUAUCGAAGGUUACGGAAGAGAAGCUAGUCCCGACACCCCAUGGUCCAUCCCAUUAUAUUGGCCCGUCGAGCUCAUUCGGCUUUGUCCUAACGGUCAGGAACAUGGUUGCUGAGUUUAACGCGGCGCUGAAAACUAUUCAACCGGAUGAUGAACGGAGCAAGAUCUCCUCCGAUUUUGCAGGGUCAACUUGGAGCAAAGCACUUGACCCGAUCAAUAAGGAGGAAAGUGACGAGUCUUCAGAUGGGACCGUUGAUCGAGCAAUUCCUGAGCAUGGUGCCGCUGUAGCGCCAAAUAAUCACAGAUAUCGACCGCCAUAUCGGGGUGGAUCCUCAAGCACCUCGGCAUCGGUUUCGAGCCGGUCUAAACGGGCGACGGUGCUAUCCCUCCUCCCAUCCAAGGAGAUCACCGACAGAUUCAUCGCAGCGUAUUUUGACCAAGUCCAUCCCAACUACCUCCUGUUCCACCGACCCUCAUUCCAAAAUCGAUAUGAAUUGGUGUGGGUUCAGCCGCAACAGAUGAUGCGCGAUGUUGAGCCAGGCCUGAUGUGCUGCAUCUUUAUGAUGAUAGUUUUUGGCGCUCAGGUGCUAGAAAACGAAGACCAUCCACAAGCUAAGCAAAUUCAACGCCAUUAUUUAGACCUGGUGCAAUCUAGAAUGCACCAAUUGGUGAGCGCCACUACGCUCAUCAACGUCCAAGCGCUCCUCCUCCUCCAGCUCUAUCAGCAUAAUUGCACCGAACGAAACAGUGCCUUUAUGCUCCUCGGGUGUGCCUCGCGGAUGGCGAUGGCAUUAGGGAUGCAUCGCGAAGGAACUUCCGGUGGCUUUGAUAGGCUAGAGAGGGAAGUCCGAAAGCGGGUUUGGUGGACUGCAUAUGCUUUUGAGCAGUACCAAUGCGCCAUCCUUGGCCGGCCCUGCGCAAUCGAUGAUGCGGAGGUUAAUAUCACCUUCCCCGAUGAGAUGAUGCUGGAUGGGGGUGAAUCCGUCCCGUAUGGUUAUGUGGACCACUCAAUACGACUUGCCAAAUUGCUCUCAGAAGUCAGGCGGAAGAUAUAUGUCUCUCCGAGCCAACCUACUGAACAAGGGGAUACACCAAAGACGACAGUUAUAAUACAAUUUCUGCGCGACCUUGACACAUGGCACCACGGUCUGCCUCCUACUUUACGUCUAGAAUAUAACAGCUCGACCCCAAAGCAUCGUCGCGCUGUCAUCCUUCUUCAUAUCCAAUUCCACCAUGUUCAAUCUUUGGUGACACGCCCUUUUAUCUUACGAAAGGUCGGCGUCCAAUUAGCCCGCCAGCUUGGGAAGCAUGUUCGUUCGCAAGAUCUCGAUAAAGAGGAGAUGGCCCUUAGCAACGCGUGUGGGAUCUUCUCUCGCAAAUCCGCUCUACUUAUCCAACAGCUUUUGUCAACAGGGACUUUUGAUGGUCGUACGUGGCUGGAUGCAUAUUAUAUCUAUCAUUCUGUGUUCAUCUUGUCACUCGAUUUCCUAGCUCGUCCCUGGACUGAGAAGGACAACGAGGAAGACUUGGCUCGGAAGGCGGCUGUACGCGAUGUUAUGAAUGCGCUGGAAAAUAUCAAACUGUGCCCGACAUUUUCCAUCUUAACUCAAGUCGCAUUGCAGCUAGCUAAGAUAGUUGGGAUAUUCGAUGUUCGGUCAGAACCGCAAGAGAAAGCUGAACAGUUUCGGGAAUACAUGGAGCAACAACAAGCAACAUUUGCGUUCGAUUACAAUUACGCGAAUCCACAGCCUGCCUCUGGAAAUAUCGGCGCGAACGGGAAUAUUGCCAAUGCCUGGUUUCAGAAAGCCCCAGUGGAUAUACCUUGGGAGCUCAAAGAUUUCUUUGGAGUCGAGAACUUCGUUGGGGUAGGGGAGCCUAAUUUCGCACCUCAGCAGACUUUUGGUGUUGGGUACAGUGCCCUUCCGCCUCCUCCUGCCACUAGAGGCGAAAUCAUUGCCACAUCGCCAGCACCACCGGCAUACACACAUUGGGGCCCUAUCGAUACCCGCUUCAUACAACAGCCCCGAAAUGACCAAAUGCCGGAUUCCCAUAAAGGACAUCCUGGGAUGAUGGGCCAAGCGCCUUAG